UGGAAAGGCGUGCAAAGCAGAAAGCAGCAGCAGGAAAAGCAGAUGAGGGAGGCAGAGCACCAAACCAAGCGCUAUCCACUCUCUCUCUCACAUCACAUUUCACCACACUCCACUCCAUAGACACAGAUCGAGCAACGCGUGCGUCGGAGAAGAAUGCAGUCGGAGAUCUGAGAAGAAGAAGGUUAGCCAUGGCCAUGGCGCUGCUCUUCCUCCUCCUCCUGCUGCCGCCGCCCACCGCGCCCUUCUCCCUGGACUUCUUCCCGGAAUCCCCAUCUCCCCCGCGCCUCGCCCUCUCCGGCGCAGCCUCCCUCCGCCCCACCGCCGUCUCCAUGGCGUCCCCGCGCGCCCGCCUCCAGCUCACUCACCCCGUCGCCCUCGGCCCCGCAUUCUCCACCUACUUCUCCUUCUCCUUGUCAGGCCCAGGCUCCCUCUCCUUCUUCCUCACGCCCCACCCCCACCCCGACCGCCACCCUUUCCUCCUCGCCAUCGUCUUCGACGCCGCCGCCCGCGUCCGCAUCGACCUCGCCGGCCAUACUACGGGUACGGCCGCCUCCCACCUCGCCCCCUCCUCCGCCCCCGCCCGCCUACAUUCCUGGAUACACUACAAUGCCACCUCCGCCACGCUCCAGCUCCGCCUCUCCGCCACCUCCCGACGCCCCGCCCUCCCGCUGCUCUCCCUCCACCCGCUUCCUCCCUCCGCCCUCCUCCUCCUCCGGACCAAGCCCAUGCUCGCCGGCUUCACCUCCUCCGCCACCAACUGCACCCUCUUCGCAUGGGCCUUCCGCGCCAACAACACCAUGCAGCACUCUCAGCCGCUCGACCCCUCCCACCUGCUCACCACGCCGCCACCUCACCGCCCACAACCUCACCCCCACCAUUAUUACCCCUGGCUCUCGCUGCUCUUCGCCGCCGCUUGUGGUGCCAUGCUCACAUUCUUCCUACUCUUCGUCUGGUACUCCCUGCUGGCCACGCGCCGCCCUGUCGCACCAGUCACCACCUCCGAUUCCGACGUCGUCUAUGAGAAGAUUGUGCUUGUCGGAGCCAAGGACGACGACGCCCCCGCAGCCACUACUCCGUCUCCAGAUGUAGCUGGUAACAACAACUAGUCUCUAGUCUUCUUUAGCUGUGCGCCUGUGCCUCUGUUAAUUAUUCAUCACAGCACAGGGAGUAUUUCCUCUUUUAAUUAUGCCCUCUCCCAGUCCCAGUUCGAGUGUGUCAUGUGUGAGUGCUGUCUGUAAGUAGUAGUACUAGUUAAGCGUGGUUUGGUGGAAAAUCUGCAGAUUUUGCGGGCAAAUCUAACACCGCAAACUCUGCAGUUUCUCCUCAGAUUAUUAGAGGUUCAAUUCAAUCCUGUUUCAUCCACUAUCUUGUACUCCUAACUCCCAAUCUGUCAUCCACUACCUACUGCUGCUAUUCUUUUCUUCUGAUGCUCAGUGAUGUGCAUGCGCUUACUCCUUUCCUUCUCA